AUGAGGGGAAACUGUAAGAUAUUUUGUCUCAGUGGGCUUCUUAUUGUUUUCUCAUAUAACACAGCUGGUCAAACGUGCAGGGGACGCUGUGGAGAUGUACUGGAGAAGUGCUCCUGCCAUGAUACCUGUAUGUCUUUGAUGAGCUGCUGUGCAGACUACAAUCAGUCCUGUUUCCAGGUGAUCCCUUAUUCCAGCUCCAUGCUGGGCGGAAAAGCGCUCAGGAUCCUCGGAUUGGACCUUCAUCCCCAUGGGCAGCUUCUCUGCAGGUUUAAAGGUGAAAUUUUACGUGAUGGAUUUAUUGAUGCUGAGGGCCGUGCAUACUGUAUUUCUCCUCUAUUGUAUGAGACAGGUUGGAUACCAUUUGAUGUCUCAACAGAUGGCAUUAAGUUUGACAGAUCUGCACAGUAUUUCUCAGACUACAAUCAGUCCUGUUUCCAGGUGAUGCCUCAUUCCAGCUCCAUGCUGGGCGGAAAAGCGCUCAGGAUCCUCGGAUUGGACCUUCAUCCCCAUGGGCAGCUUCUCUGCAGGUUUAAAGGUGAAAUUUUACGUGAUGGAUUUAUUGAUAUUGAGGGCCGUGCAUACUGUAUUUCUCCUCUGUUGUAUGAGACGGGUUGGAUACCAUUUGAUGUCUCAACAGAUGGCAUUAAGUUUGACAGAUCUGCACAGUAUUUCUCAGUCCAUCCAAGUAAAGCAGAUCCUGCUUAUAAAGUUACCCUGGUGAAUGCAAUGCAGUGGCAAUACUACGGCACGCCGAAUGUGGCAGGACGACUUGAGUUCACUUGGAAUAGUUCUUUGAUCAGCGCAGAGAAGGUCAACAUAGAGCUGUGGGGUUACAGAGAGUUUAAAGCAAAAGAAGAGACUGUGUGCACUUACCAUCCAGGUUGUGUCCACUGUGUCCGAGCAAUUCAUGCCAGUCCUAUCCAUGGAUCAGGGCAGCAGUGCUGCUAUGACAGCACAGGUGCUCUGGUGCUGACUGGAGACUCAGUUGGUGGAAGCACCCCAGACAGGGCUCACGACUGGGGCUCGCCACCCUACAUUAAACCCCCACGGGUGCCAGGGUAUUCCCACUGGCUUUAUGAUGUCAUGAGCUUCUAUUAUUGCUGCCUGUGGUCGGACCACUGCCAUAUAUACUUAAAACGUCGACCUUCAAGUGGGUGUCAAAACUACCGACCACCAAGAGCAGGUGUCGUCCUCGGGGAUCCACAUUUCAUAACGUUCGACGGCCUCAGGUACACUUUCAAUGGCAAAGGAGAAUAUUACCUUGUGUCUUCACCAGCAAAAGGCCUGAGUGUUCAGGCCAGAACAGAACAGGUGAAACUUAAGAACGGUGAGUCCACGUUUGAGGUGAAUGGGAACAUUUCAAAGAAUUCCUCCCUUUUCACAUAUGAUUCAGAGCACCUUUUGGAUAUGUAUAAUAUCCCACCGAGCCAUGACCCCACUUUUGUUCCAGCUUUUUCUCUACCCGAGAGCCUUGAUGACCCUUUGGUGGCAGACAUGUUGACGAUGUGUUAUGGAGAAGGUUCACAGUUUUGUAAAUAUGAUACCCUGACGACUCGGGACCUCACAGUGGGAAAUGCCACACUCAAGGCCUACCAGAAACACCAAGCCCUACUGUACGCCCUGAAACCAGUGGUGUCUUGUGGCUGGCUUCCCACACCAAGGAAUGGGUGGAAGAACGGGACUGAUUACCUGGAGGGGAGCACUCUAAGCUUCGCCUGCAACAAAGGCUACAUAAUGUAUGGAUCUGCAGAGCGCACCUGUCUGGGUGAUGGGACCUGGGCAGGAGAUCAGCCCUUCUGUAUUACAGAGAAAGGAAAGACAAACCAAUCCAGAUGGUGAACCAACAGCAGCCUUGCUAAACUCUCAAAGUCCUUUUGAAUUAUGGAUCAACCAUAUCAGCAAUGGCCACAAAUAUGUUCAGAGCUGAGCAUUUGGAAACCAACACACACAGUUGCACUACAGAAUAGGACGGCGCUCUUCUCUUGACCUGUUGACCUUAUCAAGAAAACCUCAGGCGUUAGGCUUUCAGUCUGUUGUUUGGCCUCAUGUUUUUCUUCUUGUUUAGGUUGGAAAACCUCCAGGUUGUGGUAAAUGGUGCAUGGGGUGACGAUUGAGGGAACUGAAGAAAAGGAAAAAUGCCAUGAUUGUUUUUAUAUCCCAGUUUUGCAUGACUGAACGCCCGAUCUUUGCUAGAGAGAGAGAGAACUGUGUAAAUACUACAUGGACAUAUCAUCAUUACAAUCAACACUCCCUUCUCCCGUUCAGUUUAAAAUAGGACCAGAUGUGUUCAGACUCAUGUCAAAUGUGAAGUGAACCUGACCAGUUUUUGGUUGAAAAACUUUGAACUCUGUUCAGCCUACGUGUGGGCUCGUAGCCUUCAGUCAAACGAAGGACUUUGCUGAGUGACUGAGCCAGAGAAAUCCGCAAAUGUUACAUAAAGGUCAACUUUUUGCACUCUGUCAACACUUGCUUUCUGAAUCUUUGUGUACACGGAAGACGUUUGCCUUCAAUGCUUUAAGAAGCUCUGUGAAUUGUGGUUAAUGUUUUUGAAAUGUUGCCUUUAAACUAAACUAAAACCUUACCAUAUUUUAACCGUAAACUGAAAAUAAUGCAAAGAAAGAAGCUUAUUUUUAUGCCAAAUCCUUUAAUGUGAACUUCUCCCACUGGAAAUCUUUGAACUACAUUAUAUAUCUGUAUUUGAAAACAAUGAUCGAGUAUCUAUAACUCACAUAAAAAAUCAAUAAAUCGAAUGUUGUCCCAUG